CGAUCAUCACUUGAAUAAUCAUCAACAAGUUGCCAUGUUGACUAGUGUCCGUCUAGUUGCCGCCACCGCCGCCCUUUCGUCGGCCAUAGCGUGUACCAUCAUGGCUGUGGGCAAAACAGCAUCGACGACUGGCUCGCCUAUGGUGGUCCACAGCGCCGACUGCGGCAACUGCGACUUUCGCCUAGGCAAAGUGCCUCAAAAGACAUUUUCUCCUGGCGCCAUGCGCGAUGUCGUUCGUUUUCGCCUUCAAUAUCCUCGCUACGUUGGCGACGCCCGCGGCGAUGUCUUCACCGAAGCCAACGUGGACAAGUCCAUCUUCAACUGGACCACCACCCCUUCGAUCGGUCAGAUCCCGCAAGUCAAUACCACGUUUGCCUACUUGGCCGGUCUGUACGGGAUCAUGAACGAACAUCAAGUGUCCAUCGGCGAGUCCACUUGCGGGGGUCGGCUGGUGUCCGCGCCCGUCUCCAACGGCGGCAAAGCGCUGUUCGACGUGUCCGAAUUGACAAACGUGGCGCUGGAGCGCUCGACAUCCGCUCGACAGGCCAUUCAAAUCAUGGGCGAGAUGGCCGAGCAGUACGGGUACUAUGGUGCCGAUUGGGAAGGACCGAUGGCGGCGAUGGAGGCGGGGGAGGCGCUGGCCGUGGCCGAUGCGUCCGAGGCAUGGCUGUUCCACAUCCACCCGGACGACUCUGGCGCGUCCGCCGUGUGGGUGGCCCAGCGCGUACCCGACGGCCACAUCGCCGCGAUUGGCAACCAAUUUGUGAUCCGCCAAGUCAACCUCACGGAUUCCGACAACUUUAUGGGGUCCAAGAACCUGGUGGACGUGGCCAUCCGCGCUAAACUGUACGACCCAGCGGAGGAUGGCGCGUUCGACUUCACCAAGGCGUAUGCCCACCCUAUUGCGCCCGAUCAGUACUAUGCUACCCGAAGACAGUGGCGAGUGCUCAUGCUGGCAAACCCGUCGCUCAAUUUACCUGCUGAGACGGACGUGUACGGCUCCGACUACCCUGUCACAGCCACCGUGGCAAGUCCCAUCGAUCCUGCGACGCUGUUGGCGUACCUUCGCGAUCACUUUGAAGGCACCGAGUAUGACAUGACCAAAGGCCCUGCCGCUGGCCCAUAUGGCAACCCCGAUCGUUAUGACAUCAACGGCAACGGCAACAUGACCAAGGCCACGGUGCUCACUGGGCACUUUGAACGCGCGAUUUCGAUCUUCCGGUCCAGCUUUUCGUUUGUGACAGUCGCAAACCAAGCCAACUUGAACUUGGGCCACAUCCUUUUCGGCCAGUACGGCCCGCAUGCCACGUCAUACGUUCCGAUUUACACCAAGGUGCACCGUGUCCCGACGUUGUACUCUCGGGGGUCGCUUCACCGGUACGAUUCGACGUCGAGUUUUUGGGCGUUUGCAGUCGUGGGCAACUGGGCGUCGCGGUUUUACAUGUACACGCGGCCGAUGGUGGAGAGUGUGCAGGUGCAGUUGGAGACAGCGUUGCUGGGAGCCAAGGCCAAGGCCGUGGCCGCCCAUGUUGAGUUGCUUAGCAACGACGAUGCCCAACUCCGACAGUUUCUCACCGACUCGAGCGAUGCAUUCGCAGCGACUACCCACACGGCGUUCGUCGAGCUCUUUGGACGCCUCGUCACGACCUUCCACGAUGGAUACCACAUGCAAAAUCUCACGGGUGCCAACACUAUUGCCGCGGCUUCGUUGUUUUAUCCUGAGUGGUGGCUCCAUUCGGUGGGGUACUUCAAGCAGCAAACGCAGCUAUCUCCACCUUCCAAGACACCAGACCACGGUCCUACUACUACUACUAGUACUACUACUAGUACUAGUGGAGAUGCAGUGUGGUGGUGGUGCGUCGGCCUCAUGGUGUUGGGAGCGAGUGCUGGCGUCGCCGUCGGGUUUGGAGUUGGCUUGCGACGGCGUGAUGGGUAUCACCAACUCAAUUAG